UUCGCCAUGUUAUCGAGGAAACGCGUCAGAACGGCUCAGCUUUUCGGCAGUAAGAACAUCAACCGCGACGCGUUUUAACGGUAACAUCUCUCAAAGCCUCGAUCUAUUGACUAUUUAAUCAAUUUAAAUUUUAAGUUCAUCAUCAACAUCGGCCGGCAGAGCAGCUGGCCGAAACAGUUUUAGAUUUUUUUCUUCCAUUGACCUCAAGGCCUGAGCGGCGGCCAUGGAUUUUUAAGGCAUAAUGCGGCACCUCUAAUGCCAUGGCAAUGCAUCGGCAAAACCAACCGCGUGAUUCCAUCUUCGCAACUGCCAAGCAGUUGGGCUCAAAUACCGUCCGCGGUAUUCCUACGAGCCAGCCGGUACCGCUUCUGCUGGACCGGAGGAAGCUAACACUACUCGCCAGUUAGUCCGCUAAGCUAGCUGAGUAGAUCCAUCGAUUCAUCUGAAAGUCAACAUGAAGCCUCAAGACAUUAUCGCCGGAAAGAGCAGCCUGUGGAUCUUCGGGUACGGGUCGCUGGUGUGGAAGCCGGACUUCAGGUACAAGAGGAGCCGGGUCGGUUACAUUCAAGGCUACAAGAGGCGUUUCUGGCACGGAGACAACUUCCACCGCGGGAACGACGAGUUGCCCGGAAGAGUGGUGACGUUGAUUGAAGACGAUGACGAGAGCACCUGGGGCGUGGCAUUCGAGGUGUCGGGCUCACAGAUGGAGGAGUCUCUGAAGUACCUGAAUGUGCGCGAGACGGUCUGUGGCGGCUACAUCACCAAGAUGGUGGAUUUCUUCCCCGAGGGGGAGGACCAGUCUCCAGUUCAGGCGCUGGUGUACAUCGCCACCUCUGACAACGCCCUGUACCUGGGGCCCGCCAGUCCAGACGAGAUCGGCGCCCAGAUCGCCGUGAGCAGAGGGAAGACGGGCCACAACCUGGAGUACCUGCUGCGGCUGGCCGAGUUCAUGAGGAGCAGCUGCCCACAUGUGGAAGACCACCACCUGUUCUCCAUCGAGGCCGCCGCGCUGACCGUGGUGUCUUAUCUGCUAGCAGCCCAGCAGUAGCUCGUACCCUUCGUUUCACUCCCUGAAACACUGAGGCUUUUCUGUCAGUCAACAUGUGUUUUAUGUUCUCACCUUCACACUACCAUCCAUUUAAUGCACGACAGUGCUAAAAGGGAAGCAUGAUCCCACUGUAAUAAACCUGUUUGAACAGCAGCUACAAAAUGUUCACUGUAACCAUCUGUUUUUUUCUCUUGGCAUUAACGUUUUUUAAUUUGCACAGGUCAGAAUCCGUCCAGCAGUUACCUGUGGUGGUUAAAUGUGAUUGUAACUUGUGAUGGCUGCUGUGAUGUGUUUUCAGACCUACCUGUCAUCUACAGUCAAAUGCCAAUAAAAAAAAAAAAUCGGAAGUA